GUUCAUCUUGGUUCAUCAACAACGUCGGCUUACAUCUUCUGACGGAUCAUUCCUUCUUCCUCUCUCUAGGAAAUCUCGAUUUCUAAACCUUAGAAAAUAUAGGGAUUCUGCGAUAAUGGCGGCGACUGAGGAACCAAUUGUUGCUCCGGCUGAGCAAGAGGUCGCUUCUGCUCCGGCUAUGGAGGAAGUUCCAGCAGAGGAGAAUCAAGCUGGUGAAGAGGCUGCUGCAAAUACGAAGAAAACGAAGGAGUCAAAACCGAAGAAGGCUUCUGGUCCUAAGAAAGCGAAGAAUCCUCCUACUCAUCCUCCUUAUUUUGAGAUGACUAGUGACGCGAUUACAACUUUGAAGGAGAAGAAUGGAUCGAGUCAGUAUGCGAUCCAGAAAUUUAUCGAGGAUAAGCAAAAGCAACUACCAGGAAACUUCAGGAAGCUUCUCCUUGUGAGUUUGAAGAAAUUUGUGGCUUCUGGUCGUCUUGUGAAGGUCAAGGGAUCUUUCAAACUUGCUUCAACUCGCUCUGCUACUCCUAAACCUGUGGCAGUACCAGCUAAUAAAGCAAAAUCUGCUGCAAAACCAAAAUCUGUUUCUUCAAAGAAAAAACCUGCUGCUGGAAAGCCAGCAGCGGCUAAGCCGAAAGCCAAGACUAAAGCUGUAGCUUCUAAGCCAAAAUCGACUGAAGCUAAGUCGAAGCCAAAGGCUAAGGCAAAAAUUGUAGCAAAUCCUGCUGUUAAGCCUAAAGCAGCAGCUGCACCUGAGAAGCCCAAAGCUGCGGGUACUAAAAGGAAGGCUGUGGCUACUGUGAAGCCAAAGGAGAAGCCAGCUAAAUUUGCAAAGACGGCUGCCAAAUCGACUCCCUCCCAAAAAGCUUCUGCUCCCAAGAAGGCUGUUGCAGGGAAAAAGAAUGUGAAGCCCAAAAGUGUCAAGUCUCCAGCAAAGAGAACGAAUCCUAAAAGAGGGAGAAAGUGAAGUAAAGUUGAAAUUUGUUGUGCAUUAGAUAGUUUGGUGGUGUGGAAAUUGUAGGCGUUGGUUGACAUAAUUCAUAAAUAGUGUCUGUAAAUGUUUGGAUGUUAUAGUAGUGUGUUGUAAUGUGUAAGAGAGGUUUAGCGCCCAAUACAUACAUGGAAAGUUCAAGUUCUUUUUAUUGUGACAAUUUCUAGUUGUUUAAUGUUUUCAAUUUGCUGUAUUAUUGGUUAGAGAAAUAGAAGUACUUCUACAUGAUAAAUAUUCUGGA